UCAGUGAGUGGAGCGCUGGGCACUUGUUGGGUCGCAGCGAUGUCGUCUCCGCUGGAGAAGCCGCAGAUUAUUGCGCACGUCCAGAAGUCUGUGAAUUACACCUUAUUCGACUGCAAAUGGAUCCCGUGCAGCGCCAAGUUCGUCUGCCUGGGCAAUCUAGCGAGGGGGAGCGGGAUCAUGCAGAUCUAUGAGAUCCAGCACGGCGAGGCCAAGCUCAUCCGAGAGAUCGAAAAGCCAAAGCCCUUGAAAUGUGGAACAUUUGGAGCCAGUUCACUGCAGCAGAGAUACUUGGCCACAGGUGACUUCGGAGGAAAUCUCAAUGUCUGGGAUCUGGAAGCCGCCGAUACUCCGGUGUACUCUGUGAAAGGCCACAAGGAGAUAGUCAACUGUAUUGAUGGCGUUGGAGGCUUAGGGAUUGGGGAAGGAGCUCCAGAGAUUGUAACCGGAAGCCGGGAUGGAACUGUGAAGGUUUGGGACACGAGGCAGAAGGACACCCCGGUGGCCAAUAUGGAACCAGUAGAAGGAGAAACCAAAAGAGAUUGCUGGACUGUAGCAUUUGGUCACGCGUACAACCAGGAGGAGCGAGUCGUGUGUGCCGGCUAUGACAACGGAGACAUUAAGCUGUUUGACCUGCGCAAUAUGUCUUUAAGAUGGGAGACGAAUAUCAAAAAUGGGGUCUGCUCUCUGGAGUUUGACAGAAAGGACGUCAUUAUGAAUAAACUAGUUGCCACCUCCUUGGAAGGAAAGUUUCAUGUCUACGACAUGAGGACUCAGCAUCCUACGAAAGGUUUUGCAUCAGUGACAGAAAAGGCGCACAAGUCUACCAUCUGGCAAGUGCGGCAUCUGCCCCAGAACAGAGAUGUCUUUAUGACGACAGGAGGAGCUGGAAGUCUUCAUCUUUGGAAAUAUGAAUAUCCUGCUCAAAGAUCUCGGAAAGACUCCGAUGGGGUGGACAUGGGAGUGGCGGGGACGGUCAGUCUGCUUCAGAACGUCACUCUAUCCACACAGCCCAUCUCGAGCAUAGACUGGAGCCCCGAUAAGAAAGGCUUGUGUGUCUCCACAUCAUUUGACCAGACUGUCCGAGUGCUGAUUGUCACCAAGCUCAACAAGCUGUGAUUUUCAAGAUUCUGCUGCAGAGACACUUGGAUCCAUUUUCUACACAUCUCUUUCCGUUCGGGUGAAGCUUUUAUGUCUGUGAAACCAAAAAAGAAAAAAUUCCUUGUGACCAUUGCUGCCACCUUAAGAUUAAAACGGAAAUGGACCACCAAUGGCUCUAUGACAAGUCAGAAGAUCUUUUUAAAGAGGUUCUCCAGCUUUAAAACAUUUUUUGGAAGCUCACCGCUCCCCGCCGGAUCUAUGGAAGGAAGCAUAAUUACCUGCUCCCUGCCGCCCUGUUCACCGCACACUAGUUCCCUGCUUGACAGGGGUCACGUGUCACUGCAGGCUAAGACCGGCCCCAGUGGUUACGUGACCCAGUGCCAGGCAGUGGGCAGCAGGUACGUAUGCUUCCCUCCACAGGUCCAGCUGUGAGGAGGGCUGCCGAAAAUUGUUUCAAAGCUGUAGUGACUAGUGUUGAGCCAACUUUUGUUUUCAAGUUCGGCGUACAAGGUUCGCGUUAU